CCCGAAAACCAGACAUUGCUCACUUUAAACUUCCAAUCCCAGACGAAUUACCCCCUCGAUCUAAUCCAGAGCGGUUUUGUCCUACGUGGCGUACGCGUGGCAAUCCAGUCAUAAUUUUAUUUUUUAAAAUGGUGGGACCUACAUGUCAUACCCAUCUUCCUCUAUUUCUCUCUCUUGGUCGGUCAGUGGGCCGCGGCGCACAUGGCGGCACGCAUGGCAUAGCGCGAGGACGGGCGAUGGGCAGCGGCGCACAUGGCGGUGGUCGACAUGCACGGCGGCUCGUGGGGAGGAGGGGAUGGGGAAGGGGGAGUGGAGGUGGAAGGGGAAGGGAGGAAAUGGAGGUGGAAGGGGAGGCAUCAACAUGGUAGUGCGUACAUAAGUGGGCCAGACAGGCGAUUCGGCGGCGGCGAGAUGAACGACGACGCCAGCAUGAGCAGCAUGGGCCUGAGGGGUUGGGGGGCCUUCUAUGAGCCGCCGGCGAGGAACCUCGGCCUGCAGCUCAUGUCGUCGGUGCCCGCCGACCGUGACACCAAGCAUCUGCUCUCUGCUACCCCCUUCCUGCAUCAUCACCAGCAUCAGCAGUAUGUCCCGCACCACCACCAUCAGCCCCAUCACCCGCGUGACUGCGGCACCAAUGCCAAUGCCAAUGGCAAUGGCAAUGGUGUUGGCUAUGGGAUGAUGCCUGCUACGCAUACUCUGCGGAUGUUGCAGCACCAACCAGAGCCUCAACCGCAACUGCAACACCCACCAUCACCUCCACACCCAAAAGAGGAAUGCAUUUCCCCGCCAUUGAUGGAGGAAAAUGUGCCAGUUAAGCCACCACCUCCCAAGAAGAGGCAGCAGGGCAGGCAACCCAAGGUACUAAGGCCUAAGAAGCCCAAGAAGCCUGCUGCUCCAUGUGAGGAUGGUGCACCACCCAGUGCGCCAGCACCGCGGAGAAGGGGUCCCAGGAAGAAUAUAGGGAUGGUGAUUAAUGGUAUUGAUUUGGACCUCUCAAGGAUACCGACGCGCAUUUGUUCCUGCACGGGCGCACCGCAACAGCGCUAUCGGUGGGGUGCUGGUGGUUGGCAAUCUGCGUGUUGCACAACCACCGUCUCAACAUACCCACUGCCAAUGAGUAUGAAGCCCCGUGGUGCACGAAUCGCAGGUAGGAAGAUGAGCCAUGGUGCGUUCAAGAAAGUCCUUGAGAAGCUUGCUAGCGAAGGCUACAAUCUUAAUAAUCCGAUUGACCUGAAGACCUUCUGGGCGAAGCAUGGAACAAACAAGUUUGUUACCAUAAGAUAAGGUAAGAGACUAAAAUAAAUUCUAAAUUUGUUGGCUUUGUAGGUUCCUCUGCUGCUGUUUGGUCUCAGUAAUUGUCUGUAUGUACUCUAGAUGACAAACUGCAGAAUCAUUUUAGGUGUAGGUUUUAGCCAUGUCCUGUCCCUUUUGCAGUAGUUUACAUGCCUCAUCUGUGACCUGGGUGCUGACCUGUAUGGUGGCUAUCUGCAUGUAUCUUUAUCAUUGUCUUCACAAGUAGCAAUGU